CAGAGCAACACAGGGGGAAAAAACAAUAAAUAUCGUCAGAGUCCGCGAUCCUUCAGACUGGAUUUGUUUUCUGUUUUUGACACCAUUGGUCUCGCGCAUCCUCUCUGCUCUAAGUGCCUUCUGCUGAACCACCGAGAUGCCCCGUGGUUUUCUAGUGAAACGGAACAAGAAAGCGACACCUGUUUCGUACAGAGUUCGCUCGGAUGAUGAGGAACAGGGACAGUUCCCGGUCCUGCAGACUCAGGCGGAUGCGCUGACAUCCAGGGCGGCGGCGGUACCCUGCCCUACUCAUGCUGCAACAUCAUCACCAAAUAGCGCGCCAACUCUGCAGACAUCCAGGCAGGAUGCUAAGCCCGUGCAGUUUGGGAACCCGGAGGUGGUCUACCAGACGUUGUACAGCCCCACCCGGCCCGUCAGCAAGGAACACGAGCGGGCAUAUUUCGACAGACGCUUCAACCUCGGAUCGCCCGUCUCCGCAGAGUCGUUCCCGACACCUGCUGCGCUUAACAGUUUAGAUCACCUCCUGUUCGCGCCGGUGGACCUAAAAAUCGGAACCAGCAAUAGCACUCGAGGUGGUACCACAAACAGCGUCCCGGUCACCGCUACAAGCAAUGCAACCAAAAGACCUUCGUCUGAUACCACAGAGCGCAAGAGACCGGCGCCUAAAAAACCCAAAGCAAUCAGGAAACUGCAGUUCGAGGAUGAAGUCACAACUUCGCCAGUACUUGGACUGAAAAUAAAGGAAGCGCCAGUGGACCAGAAGCCGACACCUCCACCUUCUGCGGGUGACAAGCCUCUGGGAGAGUUUGUCUGUCAGUUAUGUCGCGAGGCUUAUGGCGACCCGUUAUCUCUAGCCCAGCACAAGUGCUCGCGCAUCGUCAGGGUCGAGUACAGGUGUCCAGAGUGUAGCAAAGUCUUCAGCUGUCCCGCUAACCUCGCGUCCCACAGACGUUGGCACAAGCUGAAGCCCCAAAAUUCAAAAAUUGUGCCUGGCAACCACAACACCAACUCCGAUUUGACCAAAAUGCCUGCUGGGGAGAAGGGUGCGCCUACGGAGAUUGCCAAGGAUACCGCGCGCACGGAGCUCGGGGCCAGCGACAGGGACACACCCAGCCCUGGUCUGUCAGAGUCGGGUUCGGAAGAUGGGCUAUACGACUGCCAGCACUGCGGGAAAAAGUUUAAGCGCCAAGCUUAUUUGAGAAAGCACAUUUUGUCUCAACAUUCCCUCCAAGUCCAAGAUGCCAGCCUAGGUUCCCAGACUGAGGGUAAAGCGAAAGCAUCUCUCUCGCCCGACCAGCAGUCUCAAAACUCAGCACCACUCAAUCUCAGCUCCUCUGAAUGUCACUUGUGCCCGGUAUGCGGUGAGAACUUUCCCACCAGAGUCAGCCAGGAGAGGCACGUUCGCCUACAGCACUCCUCGCAGGUGUACCCCUGCAAAUACUGCCCGGCUAUGUUCUACAGCUCCCCGGGUCUCACGCGACACAUCAACAAAUGCCACCCGUCUGAAAACCGCCAAGUCAUCCUCUUACAAAUGCCCGUGCGCCCAGCCUGCUAAAUCACAACUCCAAACAGUGCCUUUAUGGAACCGACGUCACGAACCAAGGAGUUUCACAAACGCAAGGUGACUUAAAAACUGCAACGGGGUGUUAAAAAAAAUCCCAACUUGAAUGCUCUAUUUUCUGAAGUAAUUAGUUUAUCUGGAGAUUACAAAGUAGACUGUUGAAUUAUUUUUCUAGGAUCUCUGCACACCAUGCUAUAACGCAUUAGCUCAUAGACCUAAGAGAGGGAAGUCCUAGCCGUGAUAACAGAGAGAGAAAAAAACAACAACAAUGCCUUUUAAUUCACAGGCCGUAAAUGUACUUAUCACUUUAUUAGCUUUAAUAUAGCUUGUGAAUCUGUUGAUAUUGGAAUUUAGCUUUUCCCAACAACAAAAAAACAUUUUACAUUCCGGAAAUAUUCUCUUGUAGUGUAGCCACAAAUGCCUUGAAAUAGAGUUCUACACUAUCUACUGCUGUACAAUUGCCUUAAUCAUGUAUUCUACCAAGUGAUUGUUUGGACGUCUUAUUUAUCAUCAAUGCGUUUGCCACAAAUCGUAGCUUACACUUAUUAUUUUUUAUAUAAUUGCAAUAAAUUUACCAUCACAUUUUAUUUUAUUUUAUUUAUUUAUGUAUUUAUUUAUUGAAAAUAUUUAUUGUUUCGUGAAAGUAAUUUCUGUGCGUCGUGUUGACUUUGUUUUCAUAGCCAAAUGUUGUCUGUCAGACUUUGUCUUGUUAAGUUUGCCCUAAAUGCUUUCAAUUGAGUUGAAGUGUACUAGCUUGCAAUCCAAGACCAUGACCUUGUAAACCCCAUUGCCUUUAGGUACAAUCAUUGUUUACCGGCAGCUUAUUUUGUAAUCAUUAGCUCUUAACAUGCUUCUAUGUUUCUGCAGUAUUUGCUAUG